GCGGCAGAGCUCGAGCGAGCGGCGGCGGGAGCGGGAGCGGCUGCCUUGCCUCGCCUUUUCGAGGCUAUGCAGGCGCGGGGCGAAGAUGAGCUCGGGGAACGCUCGGCGGAGCAAGGCAGUUAGCCGGGCGAGCGUAGCGGCCGCCUCCCCGGGAUGGGGUCGGCGAGCGGGAACCGGAGCAGCCGAACGCCGCUGCCACAGCCGCGGUGGUUAGCUCGGGUUAGCCGGCCCGGGCGCUGCGGGGCUGCGGCGAGCGCCGCGCUUUUGGCCGCUCUCUGCUAUUGGAACUCGCUGCAGGGCGAGUUCGUGCACGACGACGUGUGGGCGAUUGUCAACAACCCGGACGUGAGACCGGGAGCCUCGCCGCUGGCCGCCUUCUCCAACGACUUCUGGGGCAAAGGCAUGGGCGAGAACACCAGCCACAAGUCUUACCGCCCGCUCUGCAUCCUCACCUUCAGGUUGAACAUUCUGUUGGCUGGGAUGAAUCCCUUCUACUUCCAUGCGUUGAAUGUAGUCCUGCAUUGCCUUGUGACACUUGUGCUGAUGUAUACCUGUGACAAAACUGUUUUCAAGGAUAGUGGCCUGGCUUUUGUCACAGCUCUAUUUUUUGCUGCCCAUCCCAUUCACACUGAGGCCGUAACGGGUAUAGUCGGCAGAGCAGAUGUUCUGGCCUGUCUAUUAUUUCUUUUGGCUUUUCUCUCCUAUAAUAGGAGUGUGGAUCAGCUUUAUGUUGGGGAACAUUUCCCUCCCACUGCCUCUCCGUCCUUUUUGCUGCUUAGUUUAUUUCUUGGGACUUGUGCAAUGCUGGUAAAGGAAACAGGGAUCACUGUAUUUGGCGUCUGCCUAGUGUACGACGGCUUCCUGCUUUCGCAAAAUGGAUCCAGAUUAAAAAAUGGAGGGCUACAUGUGAAGAUGGCUCGGCAGCCAGCAGUUUCUCUACAAACCCCUUUACAUUUUCCAUCGUCCAGCCGGGAAAAUGGGAAGCAUCGAGUGGCUCACAAGGGGACGUGGAACUCCUGCCACCCUGCCUCACCUGAAGAACAACAGGGCAAUGGCCAUUCUGUCUUGAGAAAAGCUCCAUGGGCUGUACUUAGUUACCUGACUGCGAGUAACAAGCAGAAAUUCUUAUAUUCCACAAGACCUUUUUUAAAGAGGGCUGCCUUGGUACUUACCUAUGUGAUCCUACUUAUGUAUUUUCGCCUAUGGAUAAUGGGAGGUUCCAUGCCAGCAUUUUCAGAGCAGGACAAUCCAGCUUCAUUCUCACCAUAUCUUCUUACAAGGUUUCUUACUUAUUCCUACCUCCUGGCCUUCAACGCCUGGCUUCUACUAGCCCCGAUUACGCUGUGCUACGAUUGGCAGGUUGGGAGUAUUCCUCUGGUUGAAUCAAUCUGGGAUCUGAGGAAUUUCGCUACCCUGAUCCUGGCCUUCGUGAUGCUUCUCCUUUGUCUACACUGUUUUGUAGCAUUUAAGAAACUGGAACACAGAGAAAUUCUAGUUGGGCUGUUGUUCCUGAUUUUCCCCUUCCUACCUGCUAGCAACCUCUUCUUCAGGGUGGGAUUUGUUGUGGCAGAACGCAUCCUGUAUAUGCCUAGUAUGGGCUACUGCAUCCUCUUGGUCCAUGGCUUAAACAAGCUUUGCCUGUGGCUAAAUAAAUGGGGAAUCACCGCAAUGUCCUUCUCGGCUUUGCUGCUGCUUCUGUUCUCUUGGAAAACAGUGAAACAGAACGAAAUCUGGUUGUCAAGAGAAUCUCUUUUCAGAUCAGGAGUCCAAACUCUACCCCAUAAUGCCAAGGUGCACUACAAUUAUGCCAAUUUUCUGAAAGACCAAGGCCGUGAUAGAGAAGCCGUCUACCACUACAAAACAGCACUCCAGUUAUAUCCACGUCAUGCAAGUGCGCUGAACAACCUUGGGACGUUGACCAAAGACAUGGCACAAGCCAAGGAAUACUACACUAAAGCUCUCCAGCUGAACCCACAACACAACAGAGUCCUCUUCAAUCUUGGAAAUCUUCUCAAGAAUCAAGGGAAGAAAGAGGAAGCAGUUCUCCUCCUGAGAAAUUCCAUUCAGUAUGGACCAGAUUUUUCCGAUGCCUAUUCUAGUCUCGCUUCACUCUUGGCUGAACAGGAACAGUUAAAAGAAGCCGAGGAAGUAUAUCAGGCUGGCAUCGAGAACUGUCCCGAAAGCUCUGACCUGCAUAAUAACUAUGGGGUUUUUUUAGUUGAUACUGGAUCUCCAGAGACUGCCGUCUCCCACUAUCAGAAAGCCAUUGAACUCAGUCCCGGUCAUCAUGUGGCCAUGGUAAAUCUGGGCAGACUAUACCGCUCCUUGGGCCAGAACAAGAAUGCUGAAGUUUGGUACAAGCGAGCGCUUAAAGUAGCACGGAAAGUUGAAAUCCUGUCGCCGCUCGGAGCGCUGUAUUAUAACACAGGCCGCUAUGAAGAUGCUUUAAAGAUUUAUAGGGAAGCUGCUUCAUUGCAGCCAUCCAACAAAGAGACUCGACUGGCUCUGGCUCAGGUUUUAACAACGAUGGGACAAGCAAAGGAAGCAGAGCAAAUGUUGAGCCACAUUGUGACCGAAGGAGCCGAGUGCCUGGAGUGCUACCGCUUGCUAUCUGCCAUCUACAGCAAGCAAGAGAAUUACAACAAGGCACUUGAAGCCAUAGACAAAGCUUUACAACUGAAACCAAAGGACCCCAAAAUCAUAUCAGAGCUCUUUUUCACCAAAGGAAACCAGCUAAGAGAACAAAACCACCUGGACAAAGCUUUUGAGAGCUAUAAAGUGUCUGUAGACUUCAAUCCAGAGCAAGCACAAGCAUGGAUGAAUAUGGGAGGCAUUGAACAUAUCAAGGGCAACUAUAUCACCGCGCGCCAAUAUUACGAGAAAGCUUUGCAGCUGGUUCCGAACAGCAAACUGCUGAAAGAAAAUUUGGCGAAACUGGAUCGCCUCGAGAGACGGCUGCAGGAAGGGCGGGGAAGAGGGUAACAGGACUGGCAAGACAAGUCACCACGUCUCUUGGUGAAUGACUGCAUGUUGCGGAAGCCCCACGUUUCCCUCAAGACAAAAGCAAACAGAACAGAGUGACGGGGCAGCGGGGACCCAGAAUAGGAGGAGGAGUCUAUGUAGGGAUGGUAGAGGAGUCUCCGAAGCUUCAGGAGUCCUCGUGGAGGUGUUGUAGGACAGGUGAAAUCCUAACCUUAAUCCAGAGAUGAUGUUGGGAAAUGCUUCAAAAAUGGCUGAAAUUAAAUGCAUUGCUGGGAUGAUUGUUGGAAGGGAGGCAAGGGCUCGUUUUAGCAAAAAUCAGCGGAAGUCAUUCUUCUUGCAAGAAAAAUGCUCUUCAAACCAGGUGCCUGAUUAGCCAAGAAUGUAGCUGCAUCAGUCAGCGAGGAAGUGAGAGACAGGGACAGCUGUCAUGGAGGGAAAUGCCACUCACCCGAGGCACUUGCAAAAUCUCAGUAAUAAAUCUUGAAGAAGAAUCGACUGUUAUCUCAAUGAAAGCGAUGUAGCUCAUUCUCCUCUAAACACUUAGAUCCUGAGAGUGUUUUCAGGGGGAAAAAAAACCCUCCAGUGAAACGAUUUGUGACAAUUUACACUCAAGUUAUCAUAGCACCAAUAGGAAUGGAGGUGGCCCAAUAUGAUUAAUGAAAACUUGAUCAUCGGGUGAAAAGAGGCAGCUUAAAAACAAAAAGCUGAAUGGAUUUGGGAAUGUUAAGGGGUCAGAGUUGUUUAGAAUGGAAGUGCUAGGGUUAGGUUUCCUUCAUGCUUGAAGUGGAUUCCAUUUGCAAAUAUCUCUGAUCCUGUGUGAUCUCGGAGAAUCAUUUAACAGGAUCUACGGUGCUGAUCGUCAGGAAUUGGUAGAAGGAGCUGCUGCAUGAAGGAAGCGCCUCAGAAUGCCUUCUACACCCACAGAACCUCCUUGUAUGAUGCCUUUGAAUCUUGGCUAAGAAGACACCUGAUAUAGCAACAUCUUGCUGGCUCCAAAGCUUUUUGAUUUGCUUUGAGACCUGGGAAAUGAAUAAUUUCUGAGGCAUUUUUUUUCCUAGGGGAAGUUUCUAGACCAGUGAUGGUUAACCUUUUCGGCACUGAGUGCCGAAACUGGAGUGUGUGCACGCACCAAAGCGCCAAAACCCCAAAAAGAGCAGCUGGGCGGUGCGCAUGCGCGCAGCAGCCAGCUGCUCUUCCAGGUUCUGUUGUGCGCAUGUCUGGUCUGGCACACAUGUGCACCAGCCAGCUGCUCUCUUCCAGGUUCAGGCGUACGCAUGCACGCUGGGCCAGCUUGUUCUUUGAAGACCAGCUGGCUGGUGCGCAUGCAUGCACCCAAACCCGUAAAAGAACAUCUGGCUGGUGCGCAUGUGUGCCAGAAUCUGGAAGAGCAGCUGGCGAGGGCACACAUGCCGACAGAGAGAGCUCUGUGUGCCACCUCUGGCACGCGUGCCACAGUUUCGCCAUCACGGCUCUGGACGUUUCACUUCCUUUUCCCCCCUCAUAAAUGAGAAAAAAAAUCAGGUUUAUUAAAUAAAUGAUAGAGGAGAAGAGAAUUCAUGUCACAGAUAGUGUUUAUUUCUGAAUAUUUAUUUAGCAUAACCAAAAAAAAGUGUUUCUUGUUUUUCUGAGUUAGAUGGCUUAGAUCUGUGGUGGUUAUUUUUAUGAAGCCAAAUAUGGGAGAACUUCUAAGGACUGGGACGAUACUAAGAGUAGUAGGUGCCUCUAAGUAGGAUCUGAAAAUAGUCUCCCUAGGAAAAGGAAUGGGGACCUACUGUGAGAUUGAAUUAGAAAUAGAAUCAUGAGGCUGAAAGGGACCUUGCAGGUCUUCUAGUCCAACCCAAUGCCCAAGGCAGGGAUCCUUAUUCCACCCUUGACAAAUGGUUGUCCAGUCUUUUCUUUAAACCCUCCAGCAAUGGGUCACCCUCAACUCCAGGAGGCAAGCUGUUCCGUUGACUACAUUGUUCUCACUAUUAAGAAAUGUCUUCUUAGUUUGAUUACAGCUUAGUUGGAUAGCAGCUUUUGUAUCUGUUUGGUCGAGUUCUUAAGAGUAAGCUCUGCUAACAGAAAUCUGCCUUGGGCUCAGGUCUAAUGUGAAUUGAUGGGGAUCAUGGCGAUAAAUUAAAAAACAACAACAACCCUGAGCCAUUGUGCCUUGGAAAAGCCAUAGUAACCCCAUGAUGGCUGCAAUUGGCUAAUGUACUAUUAUCAUCUCCAGCUUGGUAAUCCAGUUUGAUUCUGUCUCUCCCUAGUCUUGGAUCUGUUGCUUGGACUUGCCUCACCAUAUUCCCUGAUGGGAGCUUUCAAGCAGGAGGGAAGAUAGUUCAUCAUUUCCAAAAAUAUGGGGAAGAGUAAAUGUUCCUAACCAUUUAGUUAGACUGGGGUCUCCAAACUUUUAAGACUUGUGGACUUCAACUCCCAGAAUUCCUCAGCCAGCCAUAAAGUUGCCAAGUCUAGAGACCCCUGAGCUAGACAAUAACUAUUCAUUACAAAUAGUCUGGCAACUCGUGGAAGGAUUUAUCUGCUGUUGUUACAGGAGAUCAGUUUGGGAAAGCUUGAUGUAAAUGUCGAAUGGUCACAAAGGAGGAGAUCUAAAGUCUUUGCUUUAAUGGAGCAGCUGUCCUUUCGCAGAAGCCAUUUUGAUUUCUUUUUAUAAAUAUCCGAUGUUUUCCGAUUUGUUCCUAUUUGUUAGUUUCUUACACAGUAUCCAUUAACAAGGGAAAGGCAUAACAGCUCUGCAGCAUGUUUUGCAUAGUAUCAUUCAGAUCAUCUAUAGGUGUUCAGCGAUUUACAACCAUUUGUUCAGUGGCCAUUCGAAGUUACAGUGGCACUGAAAAAAAGUGACUUAUGACUGUUUUUCAUACUUAUGACCUGGCUGAGGAACUCUGAGAGUUGAAGUCCACAAGUCUUAAAGUUGUCAAGGUUGGAGACCCCUGCAUUAUAACAUCCCCGUGGUCACAUGAUCCAAAUCCAGAUGCUUGGCAACUGGUUCAUAUUUAGGACAGUUGCAGAGUCCUGGGGUCAUGUGAUCACCUUUUGUAACCUUCUCACAAGCAAUGUGAAUGGGGAAGCCAGAUUCACUUAACAACCAUGUUACUAACUUAACAACUGUAGUGAUUCACUGAACAACUGUGGCAAGAAAGCUUGUAAAAUCGGGCAAAACUCAUUGAACGUCUGUCAUUCUUAAUUUUGUACACAAUUGUACUCAAAAGUACAAAUUUUGUACUCGGUUGUACUCAAAAGUACAAAUUUUGUAUUCAAUUGUACUCAAAAGUACAAAUUUUAUACUCAGUUGAGGUCAUAAGUCAAAAACUACCGGUUAUCUGGAAACUAGAGAAUUAUUUUUUUAACACAUAGUAUAAUUCUGAGAUUGCAUGGUAGGGUCUUUGAUUCAAGUCCCAUUUCUUCUUUGGACUUGGGCAGGUCAUGAAGAUAGUUAAUGCCUAUCUGUGAAAUGGCAUGAUAGAUAUUUAUAUUAACAUGAUGGGAAGUUAAGAUUUUAAAGGCUGAAUAAGGUAACGAAAUGACAGAGUAACAGAUCUGACUAUAACAGUGAUGGUGAACCUUUUAGACACCGAGUGCCCAAACUGUGCGUAUGUGUGAACGUGCAUGUACAUGCUCAAACAUGCACAUCCACGGGCAUGCGUGCAUGUGCAGCAGAGACAUGAAGACCAGCUGGCCAGCGGCAGGCAGGGCAUCCCAACACUGGCAGCGCAGCAAGAAGUAAGAUAUUUUUCUUUCAUGAGCUUCUGUUUCAUCGUUUGCAGGGAAACAAGCUCAUGAAAGUUUAGUUUUUAGUUUUAGUUUAUUUUAGAUUUUUAUACCGCCCUUCUCCCAAAGGACUCAGGGCGGUUCACAGCCAAAUAAAACAAAACAACAAUAAUAAAUACAAGAUAAAACAAUAAUUAAAAAACUUAUUAAAUUUGGCCCGAAUUAAAAUAUAUUUAAAACAGUAAAACCCUAAAUAAAAUUAAAAACCAAAUAAAAUGUCUAAAAUCCUAUGCCAGUCCUGCGCGAAUAAAUAAAUAUGUCUUCAGCUCGCGGCGGAAGGUCCAAAGGUCAGGAAGUUGGCGAAGUCCUGGGGGAAGUUCAUUCCACAGGGUGGGAGCCCCCACAGAGAAGGCCCUCCCUCUGGGGGCCGCCAGUCGACAUUGCUUAGCUGACGGUACCCUGAGGAGUCCCUCCCUGUGAGAGCGCAUGGGUCGAUGGGAGGCAAACGGUGGCAGUAGGCGGUCCCGUAAGUAAUCUGGUCCUAAGCCAGGUUACUUACCUAAGCCAGAAAGUAACACUUUCUUUCUGAAGAUCUGCCCUGGGGCAACAACGCUUGUGCCAGCAGGGAGGCCUCUGCGUGCCAUCUCUGGCAUGCAUGCCAUAGGUUCGCCAUCACAUCGAGAAUAAAUAUUUACAAUAAAACCAUUGUGCCAAAUAUAUUAUAAACUACCAGGAUGUACUUUUAGCAUACCCAAUUGAUGUGUUUGGUGGAACAUGAAGCAGGCUGAAGUCCGCAUCUGGAGAUCAUCUGGUUUGGGAAAGCUAUCAUAAAUAAGCACAUUUUAAUCUUGUACCCACCAGUGUGUUCAGCUCUGCACAGCUAUGAAUAUUUCACAUACUAUUUCCUCAUGAAUAAAUGCAUGAAGGAUUCCUCAACUGUUACAUCCAUAAAUAUUUCCAUCUUUGUUGAAAAUAGCGUGUUCAGGGUCAGGUUUUAUUAAUGUCAUAGACCAUGAUUUUCCUUUGCCUCUCAGUUCAAUGAAACUGACAUAAUUUGUCUAAAGGAGGUUCAACCCUUGUCAAUUUCAUCAACGCUGAAGAAAUUCCCCACUAAUUCUGACUUGAAGAGGAAGCAGGGAGUUUCCGAUUUCCCACUCCACCCCCUUCAAAAGAAUAUAUAUGCAUAGCCAUAUUUACUUGUUCGUUUUAAUGAACAAUAGCAAAGAAAAUGGUGCAGGGGAUUAGACUAUAUGUGGAGUUGCAUCUGCAUCUAGUUGCAAAUCUGUAGAGCAGCAAGAAAUAGAAGAUUAUUCUCUUCUGCACAAGAUGGAGGAGCUGUGGUGUCACUUAUAAGAAGAAAAUCUCAUUUGUGAAUGUUGAAAUGUGCAUCAGCUGAAAUGAAAGAAAACUCCGAAGUCAUAGAUUUGUUUUAAAUGCUUUAAAAACGCAUGCAAUUUUAACCUUAGGCAUAAAUGAGAUAUACUGAAAAACAAUGGAACAAAUUAUUUAUAACCUUUCAAGGGAAAUUGAUUACAGCCAAUUGAGCUCCUGCUCCUUAAUCCAUUAGAAGCUAUCACAAAUUAGGACUCACUGAAUCUCAAACAUUGAUAUAUGAUAUGGUAAAAAUAUCUUAUAAAUUUAAUGGCAACAUAAAUUUUUAAAUCCAGGUAUGUGUAAUCAUUUAGGAUUAUAUAGAUCAUCUUUAUAGAUCCAAAAAUGCAGCUGCUGAAAUUUACUGUUUAUUGUUCGCAAUUUAAUGAAGAAAAUGUAUACAUUCUGGAAAAUUAGCCUUUGAACUGAGAAGAUAACAAAUUAUCUGACAAUGACAAUGGUUGAAAUACUAUCAUUUUUAAGUAGAGUUGCCAUUUUCCUUACUAGGAAACUAUUUCUUCAAGUAUUUACAGAUUUAUCUUUGUUGGGCAUUCAGGGGGGAAUGAAGUCACAAGUGGAUAGAUAAAUCAGGCUGGCUGAUUUAUUGGGCAGAUUUGAACACAGGGGCAUUAUUUUCCCAUUUUUUGAUUUCUGUAUGUUUGAACUGAAAUGCACUCAGAGGAAUGAGUCAUGACUGAAAAGUCUUCAUGGUUGCCUAUAUCAGCCAUUCUGCCUUCAUUUUUAAUAGAUUUUGGCUUUUAAAUUUGAAGAGCAAAAAGCACUUCAAUUCCAGCUUGCUCAGAACUGGUUCUAUUAUUAUUAUUAUUAUUAUUAUUUUAAAACCUGUCCUUGAAAAUGGGCUGCGUUUCAAGCCAUGUGUUUUUCCCAGACAGCAUCUAAAUUUUGAGUUUAGAGAAGGAAGUAGUUCUCAUUCCUUUUUACCUUCACCUUCCCCUCUCAGAAAUCCAGUAUUAGCAUGUCCAUUUCUCUUUCUGUAAGCAGCAACUUGCUGAGGUAACUUCCUGUAUUGCACACCUGUACAAAUGUACACAAUGUGGAUCAGACGUGGGAUUCAUUCACCUUCCCUACCGGUUCGCAAAUGUGAGCACACGCACAUGCACACAGCCUUCUGCACAUGCGCAGUAGUCGCGCAUUACAACCGGGGAGGUGGGCGGAGCCUCCCACAGUUGCCGCUACCGGUUCGUGCGAUCUGGAGAGAUCCCACCACUGACGUGGAUCCUUUUCCAGCUGAAUUAGGCUCAUUUUAGGGAAGACUCAGUUUAGUGAUUAUUCAUAUUGAUCUAACAUCAUUCCAAGGCUCUGCAUUCCUGAUUUGAUCACUUUUCCAUUUUUUAUUUUUUUUUGCUGAUUGCAGAUUAAAUGCAGUUAUACAUAUCUUGGCUCUUUUCUACUGGCAUAUAUUUUUGCCCUGUAUUAUGAACAGGACUAAAAUAAGAAAAAUAGUGGGACAACUCCUUUUCUGAAAACUCAAGUUGUUUUGUACACAGCAUUUUAUGAAGAGAGGCCAACUCAACCUAAAACAAACAGGUUUUAAGAGCUGCCCCAUUUAUUCAGCAAAGGGCUUAUACUUCUGUACAAAGGACCCACUCCAUUGAAGUGCAUGGGAAAAGCUUGAAGUGCAGGAGCUCUAGAAAUAUUGUUAGGCAUGAUGAUAAGUUAUUCUAGUUCUGAUAAAAACAAUGACUGCGUUCACAUUUUGAAUUAAGAUAUAGUUUAUUUGACUGCUUUACAAACCACAGUGGUAAGACUCAUGUAAUGAUGAGGCAAAGUAACUGAAUGUAGUCUGCCAUUAGUUAUUGUCCCUGAAUAUUUCUGUUGAUACAAUACUAUAUAUUACAAUUACAGAUAUGUACCUUAACAUCUUUGGUGAAUGCAGUCAGCAGUGGUUAUUCAGCAAACCAUAGUUUAACAUGAAGCAUUUCCACACAGCACAAAACUGAGCCCUUUGCCAAAUAUUUUGUGCAGUUGUUUCUCGGUGAUCAAUAACAACCUUCUUUUAAAGACAGAUAUUUUUUUUAAAAAGUCAUUGUAUUAAGAUAAUAUGCUGUCAAGCUGCAGCAUUCAGUGUACUUUUACAAACCUCUGUAAGAAGGUUAUGAAUGGACCUUUGAAAUAAAGCCGAGGGAGAUAGAGGCGCACACAUAGCUGAAAGCUGGGCAUUUCCCAAACUCACUUCUAAAAACAAAAAAGAGAUUCUCUACAUCAGGGGUGUCAAACUCGAUUUCAUUAAGGGCCACAUCAGAGUUGUGUUUGACCUCAGGAUGGGGGAGCAUGGCCAGCUCGAUGUCACUCAUGUCAGGGGUGCCUGUGGUGGCCUGAGCGCUCUGACAACAAAAACGGGAUCCCAAGCUCCGUUUUUGGCUGCAAUGGCUUCUUGCAAUCCUCUGCCAGCAAAAAUGGAACUCGGGAGGGCCUUCUGCGCUCCAUUUUCACUGACAGAGGCACUGCAGGCCGAUCCUUUGCUGUUUCCAGAGCAGCCCUGCAUGCCAGAUCUAAGCAUCCUGUGGGCCAGAUCUGGGCCCUGGGCCUUGAAUUUGACAACCUUGCUCUACAUCAACCACUAGGGAAUGGUUCCAUCGAGAAACAUUUUUCCGUGGACCAGAGGCGGCAUGGUUUUGCAUGCUGCCUGCAUCCUGCAGAUGGGACUUCACUUGUUUGAGGGGCCCGGUUGCUGGCAUGCUAUGGCCCGUUGUCGGUCCAUGGCUCAAGAGUUGGGGACUCUUGGUCUACAUGGUGGAACAUCUGCUUUCCAUGCCGAACACUUCCGUUUUCAUCUGUGUUAGAUGUUCUGCCUUGGACAGCCCCCAUGAGUCAGAAUAGGCAAAAUUGGGCUAGCCCAGAGGUCUGCAAACCUGGCUCUUUUAAGACUUGUGGACUUCAACUCCCAGAGUUCCUCAGCCAGCAAAGCUGGUUGAGGAACUCUGGGAGUUGAAGUCCACAAGUCUUAAAAGAGCCAACUUUGCAGACCCCUGGGCUAGCCCAACAAUUAGGCUGAGGCAAGGAAACUUUCCAUCUCUUCCUUGCUUUAUGGUGGAUUUGUGGUUCUUUUUAGAAGCAAUUUGUGCUGCAGAAGAGAAGUCAACAUCUUUUGGUCCCGAGCUGCAUAUUUUGCAGUCUCUGGGGUCCCAUCGGACCACAAUUGCUGAAAAUAAAUGAAAUACAGAAAUAUAUGUAAUAUACUAGAGAAUAGCAAUUCCUUUGCUGAAGGAAUGUGCUCGCAGGGAGGGGCACCACCGCUCUCAGAAUUGCAAACGUGAUGACUUUGUGUUAUUUCCCUUGUUUCAAAGACUGUUCAUAUACUUAUAUAACCAUGUGGCAAGUGUUUCUCCUUCAUAUGCUAAAUAAAAACAGAAAGUUUGGAUUUUCAGCACUGCUUCAAAUAUUUACAAGUACUAUUUAUAUCAGGGGUGUCAAACUUGACCGUCCCAUUGUCACGUGUCUUAUUGCGGCUUUCCUCCCCUUUGCUAAACUGGGGGAGGGUGUGGCCUGCAUGUGAUGCAUCUGGCCCAUGGGCCGCGAGUUUGACACCCUUGAUUUAUAUGGUUAUAGGAACCUGCCUUAUUCCAGUUUGAUCAUCAAUCUGGGCAGCCCAGUAUCGUCCAUUAAAAUCCCAAUUUAUUUCAAACUGUUUUUCACCAUCUGUUAUCUGAUCUUUGCUUUAACCAAAGUCUUAAAUCUGGGAUCUUUUGCAUUUAAAGUAUGUAUUCUGUCACUGAACUUCAGUCUAUCUACAAAGGGAUAUUGACAAUCGCGUACAUUCGCUUAGGAUGCCAGCAGUGAUCAGACUUCUGGGGAUUAAGGAUAAUUAAAGAUGACAAUGUAUGAAAAUUUAUAAAGCCUUACCAGACCAAGGACCACAGUUGGAGUCAUGGAAUUGCAAUUACAUGGUUCAGAUUGUUUUCUUAAUAGCCGCUCUGAUCUUGAAUUUGAAAGCCAGCCAAAAUCUCUGCACACUUUUUACAGUUGCACUAUGUGUUUAGCUUAUUGCUUGCACGCUUUUCCUUUGUGAAAAUAUGGCCCUGUAGGGCUUUUUGCCUAGGGUAUGUGCAAUAGUUAGCAGCUUGCUUCUAUAUAUACAAGGAGCAACAAGAAAACUUGUUUUGGGAAAAAAAUGUCAACUUAGAUUAUGGUAAUCUCUGAAAAUAUGUGGCACUGUUCUUUGUGGUAUAGAUCUGAGUUCAUUGAAAAAUCUUCUGAUGACACUGAUUGUAACUGAUGGCUUCUGUGAACAUUCAGAAUUCUCUUUGCCAAAUCUGGAUGCUAUUGAAAUUCUACAAAUUGAGGUUAAUUGCAUAGAUGUGAAAUUUUUCGUUUUCACUUCUGCCUUUUUUCAGUUUUGGGGUGUUGUUUUUCGUUCAUUGGAUUUAAAUGCACAAUUUAACAGUGUAUUGUAUGCCAGUGGUAACACGAUUUGGAAAGAUCCUUUAUUUUCAUUGUCAAAUUAUGGAUGGAUUUUGACCUCAGAAAUUAUUAUCAAAGAAGUCUUGGGACAAAGGAGAUGUAUAUAAAUGUCUAUUUUAUAUAAAAAUGAUAAACUUG